CCUAAUAUAUAUUCAUUAUAAAAGUGAGGAUUUUGGGUCUUCCUUCACCUUUGGUACACACAACAUCAAGAAAAGUGGUCGCAGAAACCCAGAAAUAAUACUUAGCAGGCUGAGUUUUCAGAUACGUCUCAUCAUGGGAGAAUUAGAAGGAAGAAAGAGACCUUCAAUGGAAAUGGAGAUGGAAGACCAAAAUGAGCAAAAGAAAGCAAAUCUUGACUUGAAUCUCACUCUCUCACUGCCGGGGUCGCACCAAAAAGGAGACGAACCAUCAAAUAUGCCGUCCAAUGAUGCAUGUACACCGCCGUCAUCUUCCUUAACCCAACCUUCAUGCACGUCGUCGGUAACCCUAGACACGAGUACUAACUACGUAGAACUACUUGGCAGUGGAGGACCGGAGAUUCCGUCGUUGAUUCUGAUGGGGUGUGCUCGGUGUUUGAUGUACACCAUGGUGUCGCAAGCUGAUCCAAAGUGCCCCAAAUGCCAGUCCUCUGCUCUAAUAGACGUAUUCCGCCAGAAGCCUAACGGCAAAGAGGGUUAAGAAAUCCGAAAAACCUUGCUCUAAGUCCUAUUAGAUUUUGUCAAUUUUAGAUAAUAUUUGUCUAAAUCAUGUUGUUUAAGUGUUCGUUUUUCCUUAGCAUGAGUACACAUUUUUGUUCUU